AUGCUCACCGCUCACCAUAUGUCUACCUUGGGUAAGGUGCUAGGAGACAUACGUGUGCUAGGCGAUCAAAUUGACUGGAUUCGGCUAUGGUUCACUGGCGGAAUACCCAUGGUUGCUAUGGUCAUCGGCAGCCUGUGGGUACCUUUACAGUCUCGAACUGCAAUUUUUGCUUGCGUUUACGGGACGGUCGGUGGGAUUAGUAUCACUGCUGGGUAUCAUCGCCUUUGGGCACACCGGGCCUAUUCCGCGGGGACGUUUCUGAAAAUUGCUCUAGCAAUUACAGGAGCUAGUGCAGGACAGGGCUCGAUUAGGACAUGGUGCAGGGAUCAUCGAGCGCAUCAUCGCUAUACAGAUACCGACAAAGAUCCAUACUCUGCCCAUAAAGGUCUUUUCUAUUCCCAUUACGGAUGGGUCGUGGUUAGACGAAAACCAGAACAAACAGGCCGAGUGGAAAUUCAAGAUCUCUCAAAUGAUUAUAUCAUCAUGUGGCAGCGUGAACACUACCUCAUGCUACUCUUUUUGACGGCAUAUGUAUUCCCGACGGUAUUAUGUGGACUCAUGUUUGAUGACUUCGCUGGAGGAUUCAUAUGGGCUAGUUGCGUCCGACUGUUCGUAAUUCAACAAGGAACCUUCUGUGUCAAUUCUCUCGCUCACUGGGCUGGAGAUCAACCUUUUGCAAAUAAGCUGUCGCCGAGAAACAGCUGGUUUGUUGCGCUUGUCACUUGGGGAGAGGGAUAUCAUAAUUUUCACCAUGAGUUUCCGGUUGAUUACCGGAAUGGAAUUAGAUGGUAUCAAUGGGAUCCGACGAAGUGGUUCAUUUGGCUCUGUGAAAAGGUUAACCUUGCUUCGGACUUGAAACGGUUUCCUGAAAAUGAGAUUCAGAAGGGUCAAUUUCAGCAGAUUGAGCGACGGAUGGAACUUCAGCGAAAAGAGAUUUCUUGGGGGACGCCAAUUGAUCAGCUGCCGGCUUGGAGCUUUGGAGAGUAUAUUGAAUAUGUCAAGAGUGGGCGUUGCUUACUUGUUGUUGAUGAUGUUGUGCAUAAUGUUGAAGAUUUUGUGGGCCAUCAUCCUGGUGGAGAGAAGUAUUUGCUGGAGCAUAUUGGGAAGGAUGCUACGAAGUUGUUUCACGGUGGUGGAAUUCAUGCUCAUUCAAACGCGGCUGAGAAUUUGCUCUCGACGAUGCGACUUGCAAGGAUAGUGGAUUCUGAUCAUCGUCAAAGUUAG